AUGAGCAGCAAGGAGAGAUCGCCAUCACCAGAAUUCGAUCCGCUUGCGUUCGGCGAGGACUUGGCGCCUCUCCCUGAAUACAAGGCGGCCGGAACCACGGAAGUGGAUUUCGCGGGCCUCCUGGGCGAACCUCUCAAACUUCAUGAAGACCUGAAGUCGGGAUGCGGAGGCCAACUCUGGCCUGCCGGUAUGGUACUGGCCAAACAUAUGUUGCGGUACCACCGGGAGAGGCUGCAGAGUGCCAGAAUACUCGAGUUAGGCGCUGGUGGCGGGGUUGUCGGACUCACUGUCGCGAGAGGCUGCGCGAGCCUUGAUCAUCCCCUGUACAUCACUGACAUGGUGGAAAUGGAGUCGCUCAUGCAGCACAACAUCACCUUGAAUGGCCUCGAUGAUCGAGUAAGAGCAAGAGUUCUCAACUGGGGUCAAUCACUCUCAGAUGAGAUUCUCGAUCUCAAGCCCGACAUCAUUCUCGCGGCUGACUGCGUCUACUUCGAACCCGCAUUUCCGCUGCUUCUGCAGACGCUGCAAGACUUGAUCGCGUUAGUACCCUCUGCCACCAUCUUCUUUUGUUUCAAGAAGAGGCGGCGAGCCGAUAUGCAGUUCCUCAAGGCUGCCAGGAAGGCAUUCACCGUGACUGAAGCUGUGGAUGAAGACCGGCCCGUGUUCAGCAGAGAGAACCUGUUUCUGUACACCUUCAGUCAGAAGAAAUGA